AUGAAGUAUCUCGCUGCCUACCUCCUCCUCGCCCUUGCCGGCAACGAGGCCCCCUCCUCCGCCGACAUCAAGGCCGUCCUCUCCUCCGUCGGCAUCGACGCUGAGGGUGACCGUCUCGAGAAGGUCAUCUCCGAGCUCCAGGGCAAGGACCUCCAGGAGCUGAUCGCCGAGGGCUCUACCAAGCUCGCUUCCGUUCCCUCCGGCGGUGCCGCUGCCCCUGCCGCUGCCGCUGCUGCUGCCGGUGGUGACGCCGCUCCCGCUGAGGAGAAGGCUGAGGAGAAGGAGGAGGAGUCCGAUGAGGAUAUGGGCUUCGGUCUCUUCGAUUAA